AUGGAGAAAGAAGAAGCAGCAGCAGCAGUGAUGGAGGAGGUAAUAUACGUUGCCGUGGGGAGAGAAACUGCCAAGAACAAGUCAAAUCUAACAUGGGCAAUAGAUAACUCCCAAGGGAACAAGAUCUGCAUCGUUCUUGUUCACCAACCUCCUCAUAUGAUUCCUGUUUGUAAGUUUUCUUUCUCCUCUCAAUACAAAUCCAAAAGAGUCAAUGGGUUUGAUCUUUCUUUUUUUACUUAUUCCACAGUGGGUACCAGAUUUGAUGCUGCAACGGUGGAUGAAGAGUUAGUGAUAGCAUAUAGAGAAAAGCAAAAGGCUAAAACAGACAAGAUUCUUGAUGAGUACCUUAGAAUUUGCCUGAAGAAAGGGGUCCAUGCAGAGAAGCUGUGCGUUGAGAUGGACUCCAUAGAGAAGGGGAUUGUGAAGAUGAUACAUGAGAAUAAAGUCAGGAAGUUGAUAAUGGGAGCAACUGCAGACAAACACUAUUCAACGAAAAUGGAGGAACUGAGGUCGAGGAAAGCCAUCUUUGUAUGCCAACACGCAUCUCCUACUUGUUGCAUUCGGUUUAUCUGCAAAGGACAUCUCAUCCACACAAGGAAAGGUAGAAUGGAUGAAGUGAGAGCUCUCUCAGCUCUAUUAUCCGACUUUCAGCGGCUUGUGUCCUCGCGAAGCAGCUCCAAUUCAGAUAUGCUGAGUGGAAGUUCAAAGGCGAAAAGCGAGGUGGAGGAGGAGGAAGGAACAUCAAGAACCAGCUCUUCUCGGUCUGUUGGUACCUUGUCAUACUCUGGAGGAUCUGAGGCUUCACCAAGUGUAACUGAAGACAAAUCAAACCACUCAUCUCCUCCUCCCUCUUUACCUUGCACGGGGAUGGGACUAGGCAUGAUAAGCAUCCUGAUCCACUCCACCAAACUCUGGCAUAAGCGUGCCAUCCAGAACCACAAGCUGUGUGAGUAACCCCACCAUCCAUCACCUGAAAAAGCUACACAGAAAGAAGAAGAAAAAGAACAUAAAAGCUGCAAAGAUCUUUUAUCACAUCUGUAAAUACUUGUAAUAUUUGUAAAACCCGUUCCUGUGAGGUUAAGCUGCUUUGACUUACUUUCUUUUCUCAUCUUGUAAGAGGCUUGUGAUGACUUAAAGAAACUUCAUAUUAUUAUUCUUUA